AUGUCCACUCUCACAGACACAUUUCCUCAGACCCAGAGUGACCGUCUCAUUGGACCGUCGGGGGGCACUGUCAAUCAUCUCACCAUGAGGCAGCUGGACGAUCUGUCUGCCGUGGAGGAGUUCAGCUACGCCCAGAUGCCCACGCUGGAGAGAGGAGCUGGUGGGGCUACAAUGGGACGGCGGGGGUGUGUGGAGAGGGACCGACCAGAGAGCUACACGGUGGACGUCAGGGCCAGUGACCUGCAGCUUGCCCACUCUGAGAAGCCCAUGCACCCCUGCCUCAGCUAUAGGACCUGGCUCUACAGUGUUCUCAUUGGGAGCAGUCUGCUGGUCAUGGCUGGCUUCUCUCUCUCCCUGGGCAACGUGUUUCCUGCUGCUAUGGACUACCUGCGCUGUGCUGCAGGCUCGGUGAUUGAGGUGAUAGUAGGAAUCUCGGCUGUGUUUGGCGGUAUCAUCGCUCUCAACAUGGACGCCUUGCUCCUGGGUCCAUACCUGUCUGUCACCUUCUUCUGGAUCUUAGUGGCUUGUUUUCCCAGUGCCAUUGCCAGCCAUGUCGUAGCAGAAUACCCCAACAAGUGUCUGGUGAAUAUGUUGAUUGCCAUCAGCAGUGUGACCUCCCCCCUGCUCUUCUCAGCCUCAGGCUUCCUCUCCUGCAGUGUGCUUAGUUUCAUUGACAUCUUCUUGUAUGAGGUGCCUACAGCUAAGCAAUCAUAUGACAUCCUGCUGCUGAUUCUGUUGGUGUUGCUGCUGGUGCAGGCAGUUCUGACUCUGGCCACUGUGGUGCACUGUGCCCCCUACAAGAGUCAGCUCCACAUGGGGGCUCCAGAGUGGGAUGACAGCCAGCAGCUCCCAGCUCUACACUUAGAGGGACAGCCUUAA